AUGUUGCAAGCCGUACAGCGUACCGUUGCUGUUACUGUCAAUGCUUCAGCUCAAGGAAAAGCUGUUGUUGGAUCGUUUUUGAAACGAAUUAUAUCGACGACAUUAUUGCUUAUGGGUAAAAAUCAUUUGGCCAAUGAAAAAUCACCUUACCUGCUUCAGCAUGCCAAUAAUCCCGUUUACUGGUACCCUUGGGGCAGAGAAGCUUUCGAUAAGGCAAAAACAACAAAUCGUUUGAUAUUUCUUUCAAUUGGCUAUUCGACAUGCCACUGGUGUCAUGUAAUGAAUCAUGAGUCGUUUGAAAAUGAAGAAGUUGCUAGAAUUUUGAACGAAAACUUUGUAAGUAUAAAAGUAGACCGUGAAGAACGUCCUGAUGUCGAUAAAGUUUACAUGGCUUUUAUACAGGCAAUAUCUGAUAGAGGUGGUUGGCCACUGAGCGUCUUUUUGACACCUGAUUUGAAACCGAUCACCGGCGGUACAUAUUUUUCACUUCGUGAUGGGAAUGGUCGACCAGACGCAGCAGAGUUAUUUCUUAGUUCAAUGAAGCGUUCAAUGAAACCGAAACACGGAGUGCUUCCAUCACUUGAGAAAAUCGAGUGGGUGUGUUAUAAUCAUUUGCGGGAUACAUUUGAUGAGGAGUACAAAGGAUUUGGUUCUGCACCUAAAUUCCCUAAUUGUGUAUAUCUUGAAUUUCUGCUUUGUUUUUACUGUGCUCACGUAAAUAAAGAAGCUGGCAGGAAUGCAUUACAAAUGGUUGGUGAAACACUGAUGGCAAUUGAUCAAGGAGGAAUUCAUGAUCAUAUCGGCAAAGGUUUCCAUCGUUAUUCGGUAGACUCUAGAUGGCAUGUGCCUCAUUUCGAAAAAAUGCUGUAUGAUCAAGCUCAGCUGUUGGCAAUAUAUGCAGUUUAUCAUGCGAUCACCGGUGAAUUUCUUGAUGUUAUUGAGGAUAUUGUAAGCUAUGUUGACAGUAAUCUUACACACAAGUCCGGUGGUUUCUAUAGUGCUGAAGAUGCGGAUUCGUUGCCCAAUUUUAGUUCAGUAAAGAAAUGCGAAGGUGCAUAUUAUGUUUGGACAGAAAAAGAAAUCGAUGAAGCACUUAGCGAUGAGCCAGUUAAUGAUAUUGGAGAGCUGACUUAUGCUGAAGUUUUUAAAAUAUAUUAUAAUAUUAAAUCUAAUGGAAACGUUCCGCAGUACGAAGAUCCAUAUGACGAACUGAAAUUACAAAAUGUAUUAAUGAUGAAAGAUUCGCAUAGUGUUUGCGCAAAAAAAUGUGGGCUUAGUACGGAUAACCUACGAAAUGUAAUCAACGAAGCAAAAGCCUCACUUCGGGAGGCACAGAAGAAGAAACCGCGACCCCAUCUUGAUAACAAAAUUAUAACAUCCUGGAAUGGAUUGAUGAUUAGCGGUUUGGCAAAAGCAUCGAUUACUUUACAAAAUGAGAACUUGUUGCACCGUGCUCAACGUGCUGUUGAUUUCAUUAGAGAGUAUUCUAUGGAAAGCGGUCAUCUAUUACGUGUAGCCUAUGUUGGAGCCGAUGAGGAAAUUGUUAAAAACGUUGCUCCGAUUCAAGCAUAUGCGGACGAUUAUGCAUUUUUGAUACAAGGGUUAUUGGAUCUGUACGAAGCAUGUUUCGAUGAACAGUUAAUUAAACUGGCAUCUGACUUACAAAAAGAAAUGGAUUACCGCUUCUGGGAUGCAGAGAAUGAUAGUGGCUAUCACCAAUCAGUUGAAGACCCACAUAUUAUCAUCCGAAUCAUAAAUGAUCAGGAUGGAGCUGAACCAUCGAUAAAUUCAGUUGCAUCAAUGAAUCUGGUUAGGCUUUAUGGUAUUACCAAUGAAAAAACUUACAAUGAACGAGCACGUAAAAUUUUUGAAAGUGCUGCAGAAACUUUGAAUAAGUAUCCGUUUGCUGUCGCAAAAAUGGUCUGCGCAUUACAAAAACAUAUACGUCCGACCAAACAGGUUGUUGUGGUUGGUUCAAGAAACAAUGAAACAACUAAACAGAUGCUAUCGCUUGUUUCAAAACACUUUGAUUGUCUAAAAGUUUCGAUAUCAUUAGAUCUUGAAAGAGAUUCAUGGCUGCAGAGUGUAGACGAUCACUUAAAAGUAUUAGCAACUUCGACAGAUACUCCUACUGUUUACAUCUGUGAAAAUUUUGAAUGUUCACUACCAGUCACAUCACUAAAGGAACUGAAGGAUAGAUUAGAUACAACGAAAUAA